AUGUUCUGGAAUAAAAUUAAAGCAGUGUACAAUAAAGAAGACUUCGAUUACUCCAAACGGUUUGUCGAUCCUAAAAUAUAUCAUCGGAUCUUCUUUGCUGUUCAAAGAGCCUAUCAAGUCAUAGACGAACCGUUUGCAACUUGGACAUAUAUUACUAAAACUAUUACCGCAUUAUGUGGAGUUGGAGUAUUGACAGAUGCUUGUCUAUCACUCUAUCAUGCUAUAGAUAUUUUCGAUAUGAGCCUUAUCACUGAAUCAGGUACCUAUGUUCUUAUGUUACUCUACAAAAUGAUGACACUCAUAACGACGAAAGUCAAUUUAUCUGAUUACAUUCACCUGAUCCAUGCUAUGAAGGAGGACUUUAACUAUAUAGAAACAAAAAAAGAAAAGUAUAGAAAGGUGUUCUUUGAGACUCAACUUGGAACAUGGAAAGCAUGUUUCGUUGUUAUCAGCUUUAUGUUUUCUAUGGGAACGAGUCUGGUAUUGUUUGCUUCAGGCACGCUUGUUGUCUACCAUUUAACACACACUCCUGGCGAUGGAUCGCAUAGAACAUUGGUGUUCCCUUUCUGGGCACCAGGUGUAGAUUAUACAACGACACCAGCCUUUGAAAUCGCCUUUACAUUUGCUAAUAUUGGCGUUAUGGCUUGCUGUUACAAUUAUGCUUUUGUAAUUCAAACUAACAUAGUGUGGAUACGGCAGAUAGCUGCGAAGGCAGACUUGAUCGGCAUGUGUAUCAACGAUCUUCUAGAAGGUAUUUACUCAACUGACGACGAAGAACAAAGACAGCACUUCGCGUCAUUGAUAAACUUCCGGAUGAAAGAGAUAGUAUCUCAACAUAUAAUUAUGUAUAGUAUCUGUGGUACUGGUGGUGGGAACCGACCACGUUCGGUUCGAUAUGUACGUACUGAUUUGGGUGUUUGUAUGGUUGAUGAUUGUGAGGAAUCGCCUGACUAUGAAACAUUGGCUUUCCUCCAUAUUAUUUCUGAGGUUAGCGGCGCAAAGCUAAGUGGAAUUCACGACGCAUGUUGGAAUAUAAGGUUCUGGGACGCAGGUCCGAACAUCCGCCCUUACUUAGUUCUAAUAAUGCAACGAUGCUUGCGGCCUCUGCCUUUACAGAUGCCUGGAUUCCAGGAGGUUUCAAUCAAAACCUUCUCAAGCGAAUACCAGGAGUGGUACAAUAUGAAUUCAGAGCAAAAAGCAGAUCUACUGCAUCAGCAACAGCAGCAAGAGAGUUUCAAGGGCUCCGGCGUAGGGCACUGGCUCAGGGUAGGCAGCGGUGCGAGUGAUAUUAUCGAAAUCGCAAGCGUCCACAAUGCUUCUCAUCCGAUGAACGUGUGCGUCCUCACUGAAUACCGAAACACGCUUGUGAUACCAAAAAUACCACUGGCAGCGUUGCCUACUAUGACCCAAUCCCCUACCCCGAGAGCCCUGGAACCUUACUCACCGACAGAAGCACAACACUACCAAAAGCCGACGGUCAAGCCAUCCUAUUUUGCCGUCAGACAUUAUCGGCGCGGCAAAUUUUCUACAAUCUCUGCCCCUUUCACAUCAAUAAGCCCCGGUUCACCGAUUGCCAGGAAUAGGCCUCUUCAUAGUUUUGUCCACUAUCUUGAUGAUAUCAUCAAUCCCUCGCAUAGGAUGCCUUCCCACUUUUCUUUAUUUUGAGUGUGUAUACUGUUGGUCGCAGAUGACCUUUACAGCGUCACCGGGUUUCGGGACGGCGAGAUCCUAAGGGGACCUCAAGCAGAGAAAUGCCAAGUGCCUUUAGAGUCUCCUCUCCGUCUGGAGCCUCUAGACCAUUCGAACCUGAGGGGGUCGGCUCUACUAGAGGGCGUCUCUGAGACUCAGACCUCGGCUCUAGUUAGCCGUUGUCGUGGGGGGCAGGGAAUAACGUCCAGCGUGUCGUGUGUAGAUCGGGUCUUGAUCGGGUCUUCGCAAUCUUAUCCUACACCGCACUUGUGUAGUAUUGGUAUUUGUGACCUGUGUGGGAGGAGCCGGAGGCGCAUUAGCGCGGAUGAUUUCGUCGUCGGGGCCGACGGAAUCGAAGGGAACGGAAUCACUCGUCGUAUUCAGCUGGUUCUGUCAGAUUUUGUGCUGCAUGUGUCUAUGAGCGGAAUGACCGGCAGUGACCACUUACCAUCAGGUGGACUGCCAGUUCUUUUGCCUGAUGACCCAAUAAAAAAAAGAAUUCAAAAGCCAUCCCAUGCUAUGCCUCAACUAGGAUCCUCAUUAUCCUCACUCAUUUCUUUCCUAAAUCUUAAUUUAUCUUACAUUCUGGCCCACUUACACAAAAGUUCUAAAAUCUAA